AUGCCAAUUUCUGUCGAAAUUCCCCUCCUUGUAGCUGGAGCGAUAAAAGGCGAGGGUAAUGCGUGUAUCCUUGAAUUCAUCAGUGUGGCGGUGGGACUGGUCAGUAUUAGAGGUGUCGACAGUGGCCUUUACCUUGGAAUGAACGAGAAGGGAGAACUCUAUGGCUCUGAGAAACUAACUUCUGAAUGCAUCUUCAGGGAACAGUUUGAGGAGAACUGGUACAACACUUACUCGUCCAACGUGUACAAACACGGGGAUUCGGGGCGGCGAUACUUCGUAGCACUUAACAAAGACGGUACUCCCAGAGAUGGGGCAAGGUCCAAAAGACAUCAGAAAUUCACACAUUUCUUGCCCCGGCCUGUGGAUCCUGAAAGAGUCCCAGAACUGUACAAAGAUGUGCUGGGAUACAGCUGAGGAAGGAGGCAACUUUGGAAAAAAAAAAACCAAACAAACCCAUACUGGAGCUGUUGGCCAUGGAGCUUCUGUGCUCCACGAGCACCAGCACGAGGAACCUGCAGAGGUCUAGGAUGCUGGACUGGAAGAAGGUGCUUUGUGACAGACAAGCCUCUGCUUUCCAACCUGUGGAUUUAGGAGACAAAGGCUUUAAGUGGAGUGUGGACCAGCCUCCUCCAAACUCGCUGAACUGCGUGGUCGCCCGGAACCAGAGGAAAGUGGGAGUGUGACUUUUUUUAAAAAUAACAAACUCUUGGUAAUUUUGUCUGGAUUACCCGUGGUCCAUAAAUUAACAAAGAGCUACCUUCAUUGUGUGGAUGAGACGAGCUGGAAGAAAUAGAAAGAAAUAGACUAUAAACCAGUAAUAAAUCCUGAGAACUGUAUAUGGAGUUUUAGUGGCUCCACUUCAGUGAUGGACCCUAGGUGUCGAUGUGUCAUAGUCAGAGCUGGAACUUUUCUUCAGGAUGGACCUAUUUAUACAUCUCCAGAUAGCAUAUAUUUAUUUUAUAUAUUUAUUUAUUAAAGAGUUUAUUUUUUACUGGGAUAUGAAGAGAAUACAAGCCCCUACCCCCAAUGAGAAAUCAUUUACAGUGCCAAUAUUUACUCUGAAUAGUGUCAUGAGACAGAAGUGACAUUACCUUGCAAUGCAUCCAAAAACUGAACAUUCAUAUUGCAUCGUUUAUCAGUUGCAGAUAAAGUUAUAUUUUAUGCACAUACCAUUGCCUUGUGACUGUCCUUAUUUUGGAAAGAAUGUUUAAUUAUUUUUUUUUUUGACCUAUGAGAGUGCC